AAAAAGAAGUAAGGCCUGUUUGCAAGAAAAUUAUCACAACUUCUAAUAUGCUCUCUUUUAAUUUGAUUCUCAGCAUUGACAACCUGAAGAACAAAUUAUGAUUUUGACACCUACCAUGAGUAAAGUUGUAGUGAAGGAACUUAUUUUGGGUUUAUUAUCAAUGAUAGGAAGCGUUUUUCUUCCAGCUGACAGCUGUAUUUUUGGUUAACUAUUUAAGCUUUGGUGAGAACUAUCAACUGGUUCCUUUCGGAAAUAAUCUCGAGGAAAAAGAAUCCAAGUGCAAAGACAUAGUCUUCUCAUCCACAAUUCCAUGCAUAAAAUACGCCGAUGCUAACUGCCUACAUGUAAUGUAGAAGAAACUUCUUUCAAUCAAAUGCCAUUUGCAUAUGCUGGAUUGGACAAAAAGGGAAAAAGAGAGUUGUGAGAUUUAGUACUCAAAUGUCCCUUCAAUUCGGGCAAUAGAGUGGUGUGUCCCUUUAGAAGGAAGCCAUUUUGCUAAUCCAAAAUUUGAUAUCUUUAACCCAAAUUUGAGAUAAAAAGCAAUAAUCAGGCUCAAAAUACUUGAAUGCAAUAACUGAUAUAAGAGUGAUGAAGGAAAGGAAAGAAUAUAAAUUUGAGGCGGGCUUCUCUGAGGCUAAACUGCCAAUGAAGUACCUAGGGGUGCCUCUUAUCUCAGGAAAGUUGUUGAGUGUGGGUGACUGCGAGCCUAUUCUCGACAAGCUAAAAAGCAGAAUUACUGGUUAGGCUGUGAAGCAUUUGUCAUUUGCUAGGAGAGUUCAACCAGUCAGUUCUGUAUUAUUUCAUUUGCAGGUGUGUUGGAGCAGCAUAUUUCUGCCGCUUGGUAAAAUUUUGGAUCAAGUUGAUUCUUAUCGUAGAAACUUCAUUUGAAAAGGGGCAAGGGAAAGUUUUGGUAUAUGGCCCUAGUUGCUUGGGAUGAUAUGUGUCUUCCUCGAACUGAGGGUGGUUUGGGCUUCAAACAGGUUCGGUCCUGGAAUAAAGCUGCAGUUGGCAAGUUCUUGUGACAGAUGUGUGCUAACAGGGAAUCAUUAUGGGCUAGAUGGGUUCAAGCUCUUUAUUUAAAGGGCGGUAGUCUGUGGAGUGCAGCGGUAUGCAUUAAUCGCUUGUGGUAUUGGAAGAAACCCAUGAAAUUAAGGGAGACUAAACCACAUAUAGGUACGCAACUAGGGGAUGGAAGGCAAUCUUCAUUAUUUAACAGUAAGUGGCUUGGCAAUGAGAGCUUGUAUGAAAUUUUGGGUGAUGAAAUUGAUGCAAGUUGCUAGGGCAAGGCUUUAAAGGUUUGUGAUUGGUGGCAUAAGGGGGAAUGGUGUGUGCCUACUAUUUUUUGCUGGAGGUUGUUGAAAAACAAGGGAAAAUAUGGCCCUAGUGAUUUGGUAAUGAAAUAGUUUUGAUUUUGAUCUUUUGCACCGAUCUUUUGAAAGAAUUGCUAUGUAUAAUCAUGCACACCAAUUGUUCAAUAAAAUUACCUUUAAGCA